AUGGACAUUGAUUCAAACAAUCCUUCAUUCAAUGGGAGUGAGGAAGUUGAAGAGGCAGAGAACAAUCCAUCAUUAAAUGAGAUUGGUGAAGUUGAAGAACCUAAGAAGGGUAUGUGUUUUAGCUCAAAGCAAGAAGUAUAUUCGUUUUAUGCAAAAUAUGCGAAGCACCUUGGAUUUGCUAUAGCUUAUAGAACACAGAAUAUUGGACAAGAUGGGGAAGUAAAAUACUUUGGCAUUGAAUGUACUCAGGCACGCAAGAGAACAAAACGAUCAGAAGUACACCCUCUCGAACCAUCUUUGUCAUCCUUCAUUGAAUGUAAAGCAAAGGUUAGAGCAACUCUACAAAAGGAUGGAAGAUUUAAGUUGACCACAGUUGUGCUUAAACAUACACAUGACUUGAUUCCUAGUGACUCACGACAUUUUGCAAUGAAUAAGAGAAUUCUUACCCCUGUGAAGAGAAGACUAGAAAUAAAUGAUGAAGCAGGGAUAGGGGUGGCUAGGAAUUUUCAUUCUAUAGUUGUUGAAGCAGGGGGGUAUGAGGCAUUAACAUUUGAUGAACGAGAUGCAAGGAAUCAUAUUCAGAGUAUGAGAAGAUUGAGGUUUAGGGUAGGAGAUACUAAAUCAGUUGCACUUUAUUUUCAUAGGAUGCAACAACAAAAUUCGAACUUCUAUUCUGCAAUUGACAUCGAUGAAGAUGGUCGCAUGCGAAACUUGUUUUGGGCGGAUGCAAAGAGAGUUAAUCACCAUGGGCAGUCAAUUUUGCUUAGUUGUGGGCUGUUAUCUAAUGAGAACACUGAAACAUUUGUGUGGCUAUUCAGAGAAUGGUUAAGUUGCAUGUCUGACGUUCCUCCAAAAGCUAUAAUAACAGACCAGUGCAGAGCUAUGCAAAAUGCCAUUGAAGUUGUCUCAUCACAAGUUCGACAUCGUUGGUGCUUAUGGCAUAUAAUGAAGAAAAUUCCUGAGAAAUUAAGAGGAUAUGCCCAAUAUGAAUCCAUCAAGUUUGCUUUGCAAAAUGCUGUUUAUGAUUGUUUUACAAAAGAUGAAUUUGAUGAAGAAUGA